UAAAUUGUACUCAAAUUCUUUGGCCAACGUUCUCCAUUCGCAUAAGCAUUCGCAAAUCAAUUUUGGUCAAGAAUUGGUAAAAAGUGCUAAUUAAUAUUAAUAGUAUUCUUAUCACACAAAUAUCUUAAAAACAACAUCGGAGUAGGCGUCAACAACAAAAAAUUGUAUCACACCAAUUGGGUAAUCAUUUGCUAGAGACGAAGUGGGCCAGGUACUCUACAUUAAAGAUAAGAAGGAACCUCAAAUGAUGAGCUACGAUGGAUUACUAUCACUGUCGCAGUUGACAGAUGAGAAGUUAAAUCUCAUUGAAGGGGGUACGACUUCUUCAUCGUCAAAGACGGAUAAAACAAGCGUUCAAACUGCGACAUCCAUAGGUGCGGACGGUAACGUAGUAAUUUCGUCUGCCUCACCCGCACUUAUCGAUGUCACUGUUGAAGAAGAAGAGCAAGCUGCGACAAUACAAACCAUUCAGUUGCCUUCAGUCAGUAGUGAGAGCAACAAUACAACUUUAGGAGGAAAUUUGAGUGCAUCGACCGCAACAGCAAGUGAGACAAUAGCGCCUUUUAACACAUCAACCGACGUAUUGAACACGGAUAUAUCAACACCGCAACGGAAGAUUUCAGCGUCAUCACGGUUUAUGAACGCGUUCCAGCAACUAUAUGCGAGCGCAACUACCACAAACACAUCAACUGACAUAGACGAGUGCGACAGCCGCACACCCCAUAAGGGUAUGGAAUCCAAACUUUUGUCAAUGUGGCAUAACGUUAAGUAUGGUUGGAGCGGAAAAAUCAAGCCAAAUUUUUCUAAAGAGCAACCUGUAUGGCUUUUGGGGCGUUGUUACCACCGCAAAUAUACGCCACCAUCAUCCAUGGAGAGCUCUACAGAACUCACUACAAGCUCAGGCGGUGUUAUUUCUACAUCAAUAAAUAGUAACGUUUACGAAACGUCGGAACAAUGUUUGGCUGAUAACACCACGCAUCCCAUUAGCAAUAUUUAUCCACCACUCGAUGCACACCAAGUAGAUGAAAUAGUGGUUCCACAAGAAUUAGGUAUGGACGCGGUUGAAAAUCAAGUAGCUGACCAUCCAUGGGAGGAGGGCAUCGAGGGUUUCCGUCGUGAUUUUUAUAGCCGCAUUUGGAUGACGUACCGUCGGGAAUUCCCCACAAUGAAUGGUUCUAAUUACACAUCCGAUUGUGGUUGGGGCUGCAUGCUGCGCAGUGGUCAAAUGCUGUUGGCACAAGGGCUAGUUUGUCAUUUUUUAGGCCGAAGUUGGCGUUACGAUGCAGAGACCCAGUUACAUUCUACAUUUGAAGAUAAUAUGCAUAAAAAAAUCAUUAAGUGGUUUGGUGAUAGUUCUUCAAAGAGCAGUCCCUUCUCCAUACAUGCGUUGGUUAGCUUGGGUGAAGAAAUGGGAAAAAGGCCAGGCGAUUGGUAUGGUCCAGCAUCUGUUUCAUAUCUGCUAAAACAAGCUCUUAAAACUGCGGCCCAAGAAAAUGCUGACUUCGAUAAUGUAACAAUUUAUGUAGCUAAGGAUUGUACAAUUUAUAUGCAAGAUGUAGAAAAGGAAUGUCGAAUACGAGAGCCGUCUCCUAAAAAGCAUGUGCCCUGGCAAACCGCACGACGAACUGAAUUGCCAAAAUCAACAAAACAACAAUGGAAAUCGUUAAUUUUAUUAAUACCACUUCGUUUGGGAACGGAAAAACUGAAUCCCGUCUAUGCGCAUUGUUUGAAACUUUUACUGAGUACAGAAUAUUGCAUUGGUAUUAUAGGCGGACGGCCAAAACAUUCAUUAUAUUUUGUUGGAUUCCAAGAAGAUAAAUUGAUACAUUUGGAUCCGCAUUAUUGCCAAGAAAUGGUCGACGUUAAUCAGGAUAAUUUCUCAUUGCAAUCUUUUCACUGCAAAUCACCUCGAAAAUUAAAGACGUCCAAAAUGGAUCCAAGUUGUUGCAUCGGAUUUUACUGCGCCACAAAAACUGACUUUGACAAUUUUGUGGAAAGUGUACAACUAUAUCUACAUCCAAUGCGUUGCACGUCUGGAACAAUUGAUAAGUUUGUAUCUUCAGCAAAUAGUGGUGGGCACAGUGAAGGUGCUCAAUAUGCUGAAAUGAAUUAUCCACUUUUCACAUUUUCACGAGGACAGUGUCCUGAGGAGGAAUGGUAUUCAAUCAAUGAUUCUCCUUACAAACCUUUGCAACAACAAGUCACUCAAAUGAAGCAGGAAUUCGACCAACAAAGGAAUAGCAUGACAUAUCUUAAUGCGCAAGAAGAUGAUGAUGAAGAAACUGAAGAAUUUGUAUUGCUUUAAAUAUUGGGUGUAGUAAUUUAGUACUGUGAAAUCCAUUUAUAU